AUGCCUGGACUUGGAAAGACCACUUUAGCAACAAAACUAUAUAAUCAUGCCCAGGUUGGUUGUCAUUUUGAUGUCCGUGCCUGGUGUGUUGCUUCUCAAGCAUAUAAGAAGGGCAAUAUGUUGAUUGAAAUCUUGAUGUCAAUAGGCCACCUCAAAAGAGAAACAAUUAUUGUUAUGCAGGAUGCAGAUUUGGCCCAAAAACGUUACCAAAGUUUAAAGGGAAGGAGAUUCCUUGUUGUGGUAGAUGAUAUAAGGGAUAUAGAUGCAUGGAAUGAGUUGGAAAGAUAUUUUCCAAAUGACAACGUUGGAAGUAGAAUAUUAUUCACCACUCGAAAUAAAGAAGUUGAUUAUUGUCCUGAAGAAUUGCUAGACAUUGGGAAUCAAAUUGCAAGAAAUUGUCAUGGCCUACCACUUCAGGUGGUUGCGAUAGCUGGAGUUCUUGCAAAUAUGGAGAAGAAAAAAUGCUCGUGGAAAAAAGUUGCAAGAAAUUUAACUUCACAUAUAUCUGAAAACUCGGAACUCAGCUACAAGCAUUUGCCAAUGCAUUUGAAACCAUGUUUUCUUUACUUUGGAGCAUUCGACGAAGACAAGGAAAUCAAAGUCGGAUUAUUAAAUUAUACAUGGGGCCCGUAUGUUUGUGAAGGGGGUGUAAACCGUUCGGUACACCCCCUCGCUAUAAACAUCUUUAUCCUACGUGAAAUGUGCCUGAGGAUAUCUUAUGAAAAACACUUUUUGAAGGUGGCCCCAAUUUAUAAAUGUCCUGACGGAGCACCGUUCUUCAUUCAACACAAAUGUCUGAUUAUGGACAACUUGUCAUCUCCUACGAACUUAAUACCUUUUGGCCUACACGUGCGCUCUCUAUCGGUUUAUUUUGGGUGGAAAGCAUUUAAUUCUUGCGGCUUCAGAUUUCUUAGGGUAUUAGGUAUUCAGAAAUGCUGGGCAAGUGUAAUAGGAAUUGAACGUCUGGUUCACUUGAGGCACUUAAAAAUUCCAACUGUAUUGGACCAAAUCGAAAGCUUCCACAAACUAGAAUUUCUUGAUAUGCGCCAUGUGUUUUUCGUUGAACCUGAGAUCCUUCUUAAUAUGGUGAGCCUGAAACAAAUAUAUUGCAAGCUCUCACGCUUCAGUGAAUCUUGCCGUCAGCAAGCAACUAAGGAUAAGAACUUUCAAACAAAUAGUAACCUACAAAGUAUUUCUUCACUUUCAAUUUGUGAUGAAACGGACGAGAAAAUUCUGAGAAGCUUGCGCAAUCUUCGCAGAGUGAAAGUCCUGUGUCGAUCUUCGCUCAAUUAUUCUUUUGACUUCUUUUAUCAGCUAGAAUCACUGAAGCUUAUUAAAGAGGAAGAUAUUUCCUUUGAGGGAAGACACUGGGACACAAGUAAAGUCGAAUUUCCACAGCUUAAAUUCAUGAAACUCUGGAAUGUAAAUCUUGUGAAAUUGAAUGCCUCACAUCGUACAUUCCCAAUUCUUCGACAACUGGUAUUGCAAAAUUGCAAGCAUUUGAAGAUAAUCCCUUCCAGUUUUAGUAAAAUUCUGACGUUAGAGAUUAUUGAAGUAUAUGGGUGCGUAAAAGCUGUCAAAGAAUCUGCUAAGAAAAUUCUGGAAAAACAACAAGACACGGGAAAUGAAGGUCUUAAAAUCAUAAUAUCAGAGCAAAUUGCUCCAGAUGAGACUUAUGGAGUUAUUCACCUUGGGACGCAGUAUUUCCUGUUGAAAAAUAAUGGUAAUGGAGAAGAGAAUUAUAAAAAUAUAUCAAUGAAGAUACUUAUACUCCAUACUGAACUUCAUUAA